UGGCUCAUCAUUAUCACAUUUUAUGAGCACUCAACUCCCGUCCGUCACUCAUUCAGACACGCUGCACAUGGGUUGUCAGUGUGCCAUGUAAAUGCUCUCAGCUGGCUGAGAUUAGUGCGACUUGUCACUCCCACCCUGGGCUGUUAUCAGCUGCAGAGGCUGGACAGACAGUGUUAGGGGGCAAAGUCAACUGUGACACGUCCUGUUGGUGGCUCUGGGGCAGUUCAGACAGGCUAGUUCACGUCUCCGCAGAAGCGGGGAUGCACAUGAGCACAUCUUGUUACAGGUUUUUGUUUUUUGGGUGGUGUCAAAGUACAGAUGAAAAUUGCUCACACUAUCGCCAUGAGUGGGCUUCUCAAGAGGAAGUUUGAGGAGGUGGAUGAGGACCAGUGUUACUCCUCACCCUCGCCCUCCUCCCUCUCCUCGGCCUGCUCAGCCUGGGACUCAGAGGGGGAGAGCUGCUACUCAGACACCCUGGAUUCCACUCCCAGCAACCCCAGCUCCCCGGCAACAAAUUUCAACACCACGUCCAUCCUUAAGAAAGCCAAGAGGCCACGACGGGGGAACGUCACCUUUGACCAGGUGACCGUGUUCUUCUUCCCUCGGUGCCAGGGCUUCACCAGCGUUCCCAGUCGAGGAGGAUGCACGCUAGGCAUGAUGCAGCGCCACAGCGCGCUCCGCACGUACACGCUCGCCGAGUUUGCCGUGGAACAGCGGCUUUUACGCCGGGAAAAACUCCUUAACAGACUCAGGGAGGAGAAGCUAGAAACUCUUAGGUUAAAGCUGACUAAGAACGGAACCCAGGAGAGCGAGGAGGCAGAGCGGCUAACGGUGGACGACAUCCCCGAGCAGGACGUCGACAUCGGCGGAGCCAACCUGGACGAGGGCUCCUUCCUCCAGCCUUACCCGUCAAGAAGCCGCUACUCGCUGCUCAAAGCGGCCGGCGUGAAGAAGAUCGACAAGGAGGAGAAGAGGCAGCUGCACGAGCUGAGGCUCUCCAGGGAAAACUGCGGUUGCGACUGCCAGGGCUUUUGCGAGCCGGAGACAUGUAGCUGCAGCCUCGCGGGCAUCAAAUGUCAGAUGGAUCAUUCCUCUUUCCCAUGUGGCUGCACCAAGGACGGCUGCGGUAACACGGAAGGUCGCAUCGAGUUCAACUCUACCAGGGUACACACGCAUUACAUUCACACGAUCAUGAAGCUGGAGCUGGAGAAGAGGCUGGAGGAGCAGUCGAGCACGGAGGAGGAGGAGAGCGCGAGGGGGCUCGCGUCCGUACCAGCUGUGCCCUCCUUCGCCUUCAGCUCGGAACUGACGGCAGCUGGAGAGAACAGUUGCAGCAGCGACAUGACAGACUUGUCGGACUCCUCGGGGCAGAGCGAGGACUCGGAGGCCGGCGGCCACCCAUGUGACCACCGGACCCAGCUGGACGUGGACGAGCAGGGGCUGAGCCGCAUCCUCUGCUUCAGCGACGCGGAGAACUGCUCGAGAAGUAGCGGGGACGGCGCGAACAAGAACGGCAAAGGCACGUGCUGCCAAGAUCAGAGGCAAGAGGCGGAGGCGUUCCGGAGCUUCAGCAUGGUGGACUUUGCCGACGAGAAUGACAAUAUAGACGUCGCGCUGUUGGAUUCGGCGGACGGCAGCCACACGGACAAUCGAUUAACAGCCAUUUCGGAACUCUUGGAUGAGAACGCCAACCAGGGGAACGCCCUGUUCCAUAGCAGUAGCGUGCCACACACGCCCUCGCCCACCAUCGACCGCUCCGCGAGCUACAACAUGGACCUGAGCCUCUCGUCGGAGUCGGACUUGGAGUUCUUUGACGGCUUCCCGUGUCUGGGCUCCAGCUCGCUUUACAACUCCCUCAAGGAGUACGAACACAUGGACAACUCCUUUCACUUUCAGUUGCCUAGCUACCCCAGCUUCCCCGCGGCGAGCGACCCUGGCACCUGUUUCCUGGAGUCACUGAUUGGCCUUUCAGAGUCUGUCCCCGAACCCCCCGCCACAUUUACAGACAAUCAGCUGUUGGAGGAAGCCAUGAAAUUGUCUGUGAUGGAGUCUGUGAAAGUUUAACGAAACAUGCAAAUUUGUUGGACGGUGCAAGGAAAAAAAAGAAAAAGGAGGAGGUGGAGCUUUGGGAGGAGGCCGAACAUGCACACAAGAUGUCAACGUCAAACAUGUUUGAUUUCAGAGGAAGCUGUGAUUUCCCUCUUCUUUUUUUUUGCCUAAUAAACGUUUCAAUUUCCAGACUUGCCUUCAAAAUGUUAGCAAAGCAGUUUGGGAUUAACGCUGUGUGAGACGGCAGCUAGUGUUAAAAGUGGAAAGAUGCAAAACAAGAGGUCAAUUUGGCCCGGGCCCACGUAACAAAAAAAAACACACGAAAAAAGAAAGGAAACCAAUGACGGCUCUCGUUUUUCCUAAGAAAGCUCUUUUAACCAAACCAAGAUCACCAACCAUAUGCUAAACAGGAAUCAACCUUUGAUGGGGGCCAGGUUGGAUAUCUCAACACAGCUGAAUGUGCACCUCAGGGAUUUUUUUUCUAGCUUUCUAGCUUUUGGAGGCAAUGUAUGGUGACCAUUGCUGUGAUGACCUUCACAUGAAACCAGAGUCGAAUCACAACAUAGUUUCUUGUCCUCCCUUUGGGCUCAGACGUCCACAUGACCUGAGGAGGUCGGGAGUCCCUGCAUCCUGAAGCUCGUGGACUCCUGUCCUCCUCGACGUCUCUCUCUCCCCAAAGGUCUCACGGUACAAAACAAAAAACAAAAAAAUCCCUCUAAAAAGCUCCUUGAUCAGCACUUUAUCUGUGAAGAAUAGUUAUGUAUGAAUAGGCAUUGUUUUGGCUGUACGGGGUCGAUUCAACAGUUCAAACGCUAAAUUAUGGAGUUUCUUAUUUAUGAGCUGGGUAUCUAGAAAAUAAUGGCUCAUACCAUUACAAUCUGUAGCUGUAUUAUCUUCUUUUUCUUUCUUUUUUUUCCUCCUUUUUUUGUUUUAAAUUAUUUUCCUUUUUACGAUUUAAUUUCUUAUUUAUUUCAGACAAAGCCUACUUUCUCUCGAGAAGCACUGUGGUUUUCCACCCGAAAGUGCAAUCUUCCUUCCUUCCUUCUUUUGUUUUCUUUCCCAUAGCGACACCUUUAGGCGUCGCUAUGGGAAACAGGACCACGAGUUCCAUCGGAAAGUAUUUAAUAUCUAUUAUUAUCUUACACAUUUAACAAUUUUUUUUAUUAUUUUUUUUUUGGUAACUUAUUAUUUCAUUAUUUUUCAUUAGUUAUUUAAUUUAAAGAUGUUUUGGCAAUAAAAAUGGGGCUGUUGUGAGGUUUACUGGAUGUGCCUGCUUAUCGGGAGGGAAGGGGGCUUGCCAACAGUGUGUGUGUGUGUGUGUGUGUGUGUGUGUGUGUGUGUGUGUGUGUGUGUGUGUGCGUGUGCGUGCGUGUGUGUGUGCGUGUGCGUGUGCACAGUGCUUCCAUUUAAGCUUUGGGAAUGAAAACUGUGGAAAUCUCCCUAAUCACUGAAACUAAAUUAUGGGUCUCUUGUAUUGCUGCCUAUAAUGUAAGCGUAGACAAAUUACACUAAUAUUUUGUAACUACUUUAUGUUAGGUUCGACAAAUGAAUUCUAAUCACUGUCAAAAUUUGAAUAUUUUAUUAAAAGAGAACAAACAAAAAAAAACGAGUCAUUUUCCAAUCCGGUGGACGGACGACAUUUGUAAUAUAUGAAUUAUAAGAGGAAAUGUAUGUAUACGUUAUGAAGGUAAUUGCUAAUCUAGCGUUCUGAAGUAUUUUUCAUAGGCAAGCCUUUUAUGGGGGGGGGGGUUUAGAUAUUUUAGCGAAAUGCCACUAAAAAAGAAAAAAGUAAACUGCAAAGAAUCAAUUUGAUUGUACGCUUGAAUCUUUUUGGAAGUCUGUGACUUGGGUUACAACAUGUUUAUAAAUGGGGUGGUUUGUGGAUUAAAAACUGCAUAUAUUAUACAGAUUUUUUAUCGCGCGCAAACACAACCCCCCCUCCCCCCCGACAGUUGAAGACAUUUCAAAAACGUGGUCGUUGAGGGACACGAGAGAGACUUUAUGUACAUAUCUCACAUCCUUUCUACAACUCUUUCAACAGCCUUUUCUGGACCCUUUAGAAAAGUUAUGCAUGCCGGUCCUUGUUUGUUAAGAAGAGGAAGAAGAAAGAACAACCUUGUUCUAAUUAAUUCAUUGUAUACUUUGAAAAGUGCAGCCUGCACACAUCGGGAAAUGUAUUAUUCGCUCUUUUUUUUACUUUUCUUUUUGAUGAUUACUUUGACGUCCAUCCAAUAUUAUUAUUAUUAUUAUUAUUAUGUUCUCAUGCCAUGAAGUCGGCACUGAUUUGUUUCUCUUGUAUAAAAUCAACAUCGAUUGUCAUAAAGUAAUUGCAACAGUGAGUGUUUAUCAGUGUAAUGUAUUACAGUAUGGCUUUUUUUUUGCCUCUUUUUUGCUUUUUUUUUCUCAUUUCAUUUUCAGAAAGAAAAAAAACGUGUCUUACUUACUUUUUUGCCUUUUUGUUGUACAUAUUUCUGCUUGAUUGGUCCUGCAGAGCAAACAAAAGCUGCUUUAUUUUUUACAUAUUCACACUUUAACCUGCUGUUUAACGACAGUUUCUUUCAUCUAAGCCAUUUUGACAGCCUGUCCCUCCAAAUCAUAAUAAAAAAACAACAUUUUCUAAAAAAA